AUGGGCCGUCAACCAUAUCUCAAUAAGAUCGGGCUGGGACGAUCGGCUUUCGAGCCAUGCGAGCCUGGACUCUCCAAUCCGAAUGCCGAUUACAUACAACUCACCUCGGCGCGACAGGAGCUGCCGCCGGAAGCCACCGUUGUGAAUCGCAACAAGUACGUUCAAAUUUACGAUGAACGGGGCAACCCCAUUAAUCCUCGUGCUCACGAGCAUGGCCGGACGCUGCGGGAAGCUCAGAACGAUGUGCUCGCCUCAAUCGGCGCCGUGGAAAGACGGCGCUCCCCGUCACAUGACCUGCAGGGUUCCAACGCAGCCCGCUUGCAAGAGUUGGAGGAUGAAGACAUGGCUGGCAAUGCCAUCUGCCUCGUGUCUACUGCUGCCCAGAGUAUAUGCACCUGGUGGAUAGGCUCUCUUCGUGCCCGAACGUUCCGAUACCAUGAUACCCUCCCUUUCUCCCGCAUUAUCGCCCUCGAAUCAUCUGCUUCUGGCAAGAGCAUAUUACAUGCUGGUCUUGAGUCGUUCUUGUUAUCUACUAUCAGCGUACAGUCAUUUACCUAUGCUUUCGUACUUUUGAGGCCGCUCGAUCGUCUUGUUAUCGCUCUGGGAGCACGAUCAAGAGUGAAGCGGUUCUACCGACGAUGGAGAGAGUACACGAAACCUUGCGUGCGGAUAGUCCUCGAACUGAUUUUUUAUCCGUUCAUAUACCACUCUUAUCUCCAGCGAGUGGGUCUGAAGCCCUCCAGGCCUUUCUUCCCUCCGUGGAGAUCCUUCAUUGCUUUCUCCAAGUAUUCACCGCUGAAUCCGUUCUUCAUCGAUCCCGCAGCGACUUCUUCGGUCCCCAAGUUCUUGUUGGCGCUAUUGACAUCGCCGUUUGCAUUGAUAUGUCUGAAGCAUACUUGCGAACGAUGGGUGAACACGAGCCUCAGCCAUCUUCUAGAGACGGCCAUAAUUCACCCAGACUGCCCAGACCUUCGCAGUGCAGAUCAAGAUAGACGCGACCGGUUAUACUAUCAACAAGGCUUGCGCAAAUCACCACCACGUCCCGUCAGGACAGUUAUUGAGAAAAUCAUUGGGUGGCUCGGAUGGGCUCACCCAGUUUCCCUACGAGAAAACCAGAAUGCCGUGGUGCAACAGCAGGAAGUUGGUGGGAACCAGGCUAUUGAGAUGGGUGGGACAGUGGUGACCAACCUUAACCAUUUGGACACUGACUCUGAUGUCCGAGACGGUAUGACAGCUUCCAGUACGCAAAUAGUCGGUACAUCUGCUGUAGCAGCAACGACUCAGAGCGACGUUUCACAUACGCCAGGGCAACCUACACCUCCAUCGCCCACGGCUUCGCACACAAGCCAGUCAGAGGACAAUGAUCCAAGAAUAAGAAUCACAUCCCGGGAGGGAAUCGUGGAGAUGGAAGUUCGCCUGCCAGCGCAAAUCGUCUCGCAGCGUACGGAAUUGGUCGAGGUGGAAACGUCAACUCCAGGUCGUGGGGAUGCGGCCUCACCCAUUCCCUCUCGUGCGACGACACCGUGCAUGUAUCAUCGGGUCACCCAACUCUCGACGGAGCCAUCGCAAAUGUUGGCGGGUAUCUGUAAGGCGCAGAUUGUGGCGUGGGUGACAUUGCCACUUGCAGCUUUGACUCGUCGCUCUGUGGUCGCACAUUACCUUGCCACGGGUGGAGGCGGCGGGCACAUUGAUAGCCACGGUUUCCUCCCUCCCGUGACGUCGCUGAGCAUCAGCGAUGUGAGCUGGACAUCGAUGGGAUGGCAGGUAUCUCGUAUAGCGCUAUGUGCAUCACUUGAUCUCGCCGUCGAUCUGACCCUCUGGGGCUGCUCGUAUGUUUGGAUCGUGUUCACGGGAACCAACAGCUUUGGCUGGGGCACGCUUUGA